UGUCACACAACAUUCUUGAGAGAGAGAGAGAGUAAACAAUGGUGAGGAGUGAACGAUGAAGAGGAAGAGGAAGAGUGUACUAGGCAUUUUCCAUGGCCUGCCAUUGUGCUUACUAUACCUUUCAACCAUCGACUACAAAGAAGGAUUUCUCUAUUAAUCACAGCUACACCAAGUCACUGAAGAGAUCAAGACCUCUUCUUCCCUCUAAUGUUAACAACAGCAGGGCCUCCUAUAAUACCCUUGUUUCUGAGGCUGUUAGGCUUUUGGUUCCUCCGGCAAGAUUUGAAGCUUCAAAGCUUAAAGUUGUUUAUAUGGGCGAAGAGAUGAUUAAGUGUUUGGAAAUUAUACCAAGAUCCUACAUCCUAUCUCACUGUGACUUUACUGCAAAUCUGACUUUAACCAUCUCCAAUGUUAUCAACCUUGACCAGUUAAAAGGGUGGUAUAGCAAGGAUGAUGUGAUUGCUGAAUGGAAGAAAACUGACGGAAAAUUGUGUCUGCAUAUCCAUUGCUAUGUUAGCGGUCCCAACCUCGCGCUAGACCUGGCUGCUGAGUUUAGAUACCACAUAUUCUCGAAGGAGAUGCCUUUGGUGCUUAAGGCUGUGGUACAUGGAGAUUCAGCAAAUUUUAAAGCACAUCCUGAGCUGAUGGAUUCUUUAGUUUGGGUUCACUUCCACUCUAGCUCAAGAAAGUACAAUCGACUGGAAUGUUGGGGACCUCUCAAGGAUGCUGCUCAGGGAAGACACAAAGGUCAAUUCCCAGGUUUGUUAACUUCAAGUAAAGAUGUAUACCAUCCUUCUCGAAAGUUGCAAGGACGGAAAUCGAUCUUCCAAGCUCUUUUUGCCUUCCUCCUAUAACAUCCUCAUUCAUCAAUGGCUAAUUUUCGUGCCACAAAAAAUGCUGCUCAGGCUGAAUCCAAAGGAAGGAAGAGUCAAUUUUUCGUCGUUGUCACACCUGAAUGACCCCCCUCCAGAAAACAUGAAACCGAAAACUGAUCACUCUUCAUUUGAAGGACUGUUUUGAGGGUCAUUAGAUUCUUUUCCCAUCAACCAAUUAAUUAGGGGAUCAUUCAUCGAUACUCUUAAGUACAACGAAUUAUCAUUUGUUCAUCUGAUAAUUGAUGUCUUGAUUUGUUGGCCGCGGACAAUUGGCUUCAGUCUGCAAUGUGAUUCUCAACUGUGAAUAAAGUAGUUUGCACCAUCACAUUCUUUGUGUACAUCAUGCAUUGAAAGAUCACUUGUGCUUGGUCACUUUUC